GGCAGCUAGAGAUCACCUCAGCAGCCCCCACCACGGCCGGACCGAAGGUGCGGCGGCGGAGGGGAGCCAGGGCGCCCCAGCAGGUUUCCAGUAAUUAUCUGCAGGAUUCGCCAUGACCCCGGCUCUGAGGGAGGCAGCAACAAAGGGUAUCUGCUUUUCAUCUUUACCAAGCACCAUGGAGUCUGACAAGAUGCUAUGCAUGGAAAGUCCAAGAACUGUAGAUGAAAAGCUAAAGGGAGACACUUUGUCUCAGAUGCUGGGAUUUCCAACUCCUGAACCUACUCUUAACACUAACUUUGUGAAUUUAAAACAUUUUGGCUCCUCUCAGUCUUCAAAACAUUAUCAGACGGUUCUUUUAAUGAGUUCUAACUCUACAUUAAAUAAAUACAGUGAAAAUUACAAACAAAGGAAAUUAGGGGAACCCAACUGCAGUAAGCUGAAAAACAUACUGUGUAAUGGCAGCAACAUUCAGCUUAAUAAAAUCUGUCAUUCUCGUUCUGAAGAGUUCAUCAGAAAGGAACCUCUGUCAGAUACCACAAGCCAGUGCAUGACAGAUGUACAAAUUAUUUUGGAUUCAAAUACAACCAAAGACACUAAUGUAGAUAAAGUACAACUGCAAAACUGUAAAUGGUACCAAAAGAAUGCACUUUUGGAUAAAGUUACUGAUACUGAAAUUAAAAAGGGUUUAUUGCACUGUGCUCAAAAGAAAAUUGGGCCUGGCCACUCAAAUGUGCCUGUUAGUUUCUCAGCUGCUGAAAAAGAGGAAGAAGUGAAUGCUCGUUUACUUCAUUGCGUAAGUAAACAGAAAAUUUUACUUAGCCAGGCUAGAAGAACUCAGAAACAUUUGCAGAUGCUCCUGGCAAAGCAUGUUGUUAAGCACUAUGGUCAACAAAUGAAAUUUUCUGUGAAACAUCAGCUCCCCCAAAUGAAGAUCUUUCAUGAACCUACCACAGUUUUGGAUAGCAGUUUACCUAAAUGCACUGAAAUUAAGCCAGAAGUCAACAUGUUGACUGCAGAGAAUAAAUUGUGGAGUGAUACAAAAAAUGGCUUUGCACGGUGUACAGCUGCAGAAAUCCAAAGAUUUGCACUGUCUGCUACAGGGCUGUUGUCUCAUGUUGAAGAUGGUCUGGAUUCUGAUGCAACUGAUAGCAGCUCUGAUGAUGAUUUGGAUGAAUAUACCAUUAGAAAAAAUGUGGCAGUUAACUGUAGUACUGAAUGGAAGUGGCUUGUAGACAGAGCAAGAGUUGGCAGCCGAUGGACAUGGCUUCAAGCCCAGAUCUCAGAGCUAGAAUACAAAAUCCAACAACUAACGGAUGUUCACAGGCAGAUUCGUGCCUCCAAGGGGAUAGUGAUCCUGGAAGAAUGUCAGCUUCCAAAAGACAUUCUGAAAAAACAAAUACAGUUUGCUGACCAAGCGGCUUCAUUAAAUAUGACAGGGAAUCCCCAGAUUCCCCAAGAGAGUCAAGAUCCUUUGCCAGAACAAGAUUUUGAAAUGUCACCAAGUAGCCCUACACUUCUUCUUCGCAACAUAGAAAAACAGAGUGCACAGUUGACGGAGAUCAUCAACAGUCUGAUUGCCCCUCUCAACUUAUCCCCAACUUCAUCACCCCUAUCCUCCAAAUCCUGUAGCCAUAAAUGUCUAGCGAAUGGCAUUUCCAGGAGUGCUUCCGAGAAUUUAGAUGAGCUCUCUUCCUCCAGUAGCUGGUUACUUAACCAGAAGCACAGUAAGAAAAGGAGAAAAGACAGGACAAGAUUGAAAUCUCCAUCCUUGACUAUCAUGAGUACAGCAGCUCGAACAAGGCCACUUCAGAGUUUCCACAAACGAAAACUCUACCGAUUGAGCCCUACUUUUUAUUGGACUCCGCAGACUUUGCCUUCAAAAGAAACAACAUUUUUAAAUACAACACAAAUGCCUUGUUUGCAAUCAGCUUCAACUUGGAGUAGCUGUGAACACAGUUCAAAAUCUCAGAUAUUAAGAGAGCAUGUAUCAGAAUUGGACUCAUCUUUCCAUUCUGUCCUAUCAUUGCCAUCAGAUGUGCCUCUUCACUUUCACUUUGAAACAUUGUUAAAAAAGACUGAAAUAAAAGGAGAUCUUGCUGAAAAUAAAUUAGUAGGAGACUGUGUCAUAUCUCCAUCACCUGUACAUAAUACUUCUCUGAAUCAAUGGAGAAAUGGAUAUUCUCCUACAUGCAAGCCUCAGAUAAGGUCAGAAUCUUCUGUACAGCUGUUCCAGGGAAGAAAGAAAAGACACUUGAGUGAAACAGCAUUAGGAGAAAGAACUAGACUUGAAGAAUUUGCUUUUCAACGCACAGAACCAGGAUCCCAUAGCAGUUUUACUGCUGUUACUAAUGUCAAUGUUAUAUCAAGAAGCCAGAAUUCAUCAUCACAAAAUACUGCGCGACGGAGACUGAGGAGUGAGAGCUCUUAUGACAUUGAUAAUAUCGUGAUUCCCAUGUCAUUAGUUGCCCCAGCUAAGUUAGAGAAACUCCAAUAUAAGGAAAUACUUACUCCAAGCUGGAGAAUGGCUGUACUUCAGCCUCUGGAUGAAUAUAAUGUAGGUGAAGAAGAGGUAGAAGAUCUUUCUGAUGAAGUCUUCUCCCUAAGACACAAAAAAUAUGAAGAGAGAGAGCAAGCCAGAUGGUCACUAUGGGAGCAAAGCAAGUGGCAGAGAAGAAACAGCAGAGCUUACAGUAAAAAUGUUGAAGGACAGGACUUGCUUUUGAAAGAACACCCUAACGACUGUAGUGGCGGUCGGCACCGUGCUGCCGAGAGUCCUGCUGAGCCUCUUCCAGAGAGCCUGGAUCUGAGUGCACAGGGCUCACCUUCCUUAAAUGAAAGUCAAGACCUCAAGUCUCUGUGGUGGGAACGACGGACUUUUCCACUGAAUGAUGAAGACACAGAAGCCUUAUUAUGUCAAGAUGAAAAAAAGGAUCAUAGUGAAAGUUCAAGCCCAGUUUUCCGUGGAGAAGUCUUCUGUACUAGUGCACCAGAGAACAGUCACCAUCCAAAAAGGCAAACAGACAAAAUGGAAGAAUACAAACCUUUAGGUCUAGGACUUACUCAUGUGAAAAAAAACAGGUGACAGGGAACAGGUUAGAAAAGUAUGUAACUGAAUGGAAAACAGGAGGAAAAAAUGAGCCCUGUUCUCCAUCCCCCACCCCUUCCGUCACAGUUCCAGAGUAAGAGCAUGUGCUGCAUGUACUAAUCUUUUAUGCUGUUGUAAAACAGGCAAGGUAGAUCUUUUUUUCCUUGAACCACAGGAAUAACCAGCUUUUCACCUGCAGACAAGUGCUAGUCAUUUGUGUUUAUGAUGCAAAUCACAAGCACCAGAAAAUUAACUGCUGCAACUUGAUGUUAAAUCAUAUUACUGGGUAAAUAAUUUUUAAAAGACUUCAUACCCACGUACACAUACGUACAUACAUACACAGAUACACCUGUGCAUCAGAUUACAGCUCUUUUUUCUAGAUGUUUCUAUGUAAUUUCUAUGGUAAUUCAUUAAAUUUGCCUCAGAAAUAGCUCAGAAUAUACAAAUGUGUGUGUAUAGAGCACAUACACGUACACACAUGUAGUUUUAAAAACACUGGCAGUGACCACUCCACUUGAAAUGCAUGUAUGAGUUAUCCCAUGAAAAGUUAAGCUGCACUGUAAAGCACAGGUUUCCAGUGAUUAUGGAGAGGGAAUUUUUUUUUUUAUUUUUAAACAUGUUUAACCAAUAGAAGUUAUAUAUGGAAAUUUCUAUACCAGAUAACACAAUAUGCCUUUUAUUUGAAAUCACUGUUAUCUGUUGGACCAAGUACAGGUCAUUUUCUAUUCACUCCUAACAGAUUAAGACAAGCAAAGCAGAGUUAAAUAUUGGUCUAAUUUUAAAACUUGAGCUUUAUCUAUUUUAUGUAUCUCAUAAAGAGAAGACCCCCAGUUAAAAUGAGCAACAAACAGGAGAGUAAAAAAUGUUGUAUUUCUAGUUAAUUUGGUCAUUCCUUAGCCUUGCUUACUCUAUUCAAACAAGCUCUAUUCUUACUUGUAUGCUAGAGUGAGAAUUAAUUAAACAUUUUUAAGGGAUAAUGCUUCAAUACUGAAUACAGGGGUAUACAUUAAGGAAAAUUCCUGUUGAAGCUAUUACAUAGUUGUUUCUAUAUAAAAGUUGAGGACAAUUUAUGAGUCGCUUUCUCUCAUGUAAAAAAAGGUUAUUCAAGUUAUAGUCCCCAUAUAACUGACAGUCCUG